AAAAAAGCACGUGGGCCUACACUCCUUCCCUUUACUCAAACUGUGUGAUGCACGCGCGUAAAUCUCGAGUGUUUGGGCCCUCACAAAUCAGUAUAUAUUUUCCAUUUUCCUCCGAGUGAAUUUAGAUUAGAACCUUUUCUCAAUACCUCCGCCUUCAGUAGUCUUCUGUAACUGCACACCGAGGAAGAAAAAAAAGCCCUAAAAGUUCAAGAAAUUCCCAAAUUGGAAAUACAAUUUUUCUUUGUAUAAUCAUAAUCUUGACUCUCAAAUUCUCAAUUCUAGAGUUUUUCCGGAAGAAAAGAGAGAUGAAAAAGUAUGAUAAAUUCUAGGGUUCUAUGGUGUUUCGUUGACGUUUCCUCUGCAUGAUCGAGUGGCUGAAGUCCAGUCUUGUACGCGCCCCAUUUUCUACGAUUUGCUUUCAUUCGGACACGGGAAACCCUUUGAACCUUAUCCAUUUUUGAGUUGAAUUUGUAUGGUGUGCGAGGUGUAGAAAUUAUCUGGGGAGACAGAGGAGGAGGCAGAUAGGUAGCGCGCACAUUUGUUUGCUCUUAUUCUUGUUACAGUCAUGCGCUUAUCCCGGUCUGAAUCUGUAGUUCAGAGAAGGAAGGAUCAGAAAUUCAGGAAUAAGUUCAAGGGUAAGAAAAAGCACAAGAAACUAGACUCAAUUUGUGAGAAAGCUUACACAAAAAGCCAUGAAGGGGCUGAAAAGGCUGAAUCAAGCGAGCUCAAUAACGGAGGGAAUGAAUUGGAGCUUCGGAGGAGCAGCAGGGCUCGUAAGGCCCCCGUGUUGCUUGAUUCAUCACCUAUGCCGCCAAAAAAGCGCAGAAGGAUUGAUAGGAAUAUGACCGGUGGUGUGGAUAAGGUCAGAAGAGGAGAUAGGGCACAUUGUGAGACACCGUGCUCGAGUUCGAGGGAUUUGGAUGAACAGAUUGGUAGUUGGGUACCAAGGUUGAGAUCUAGGGGAAUGGGUGCAGGAUUUUCUAGGAGGCAUAGAGGAGAAUCUUCAGAUAAGGGUAAGAGAAAGCUUUUUGAUGAUCAUGGUGGGUCGAAGGAUAAAGUGGAACUGCAGAGCUACAAAAAUAAAGAGGCGUCAGUGGGUGAGAAGUCAACAAUUGUUAAAUCAAAGAGGCCAGGAAGAAUUAAAGCUUCAAAUGUCCUGGAAAAUCAAGACAAGGAAAUUGAUUUGGGAGAGAGGUUGGACAGUGGUGAAGAAAAGAGCAGGGAUGAGGGUAUGGAAGUGAUGGAUGAUGAAGAUGGACUGCAAUUGGAGGUGGAAUUGAAAUUCGAAAAUGCAGUUGCAGAAAUAAAUGGCCGUGUGGCUUCAGCGCUGCCCGAGGUAGAGGAGCGGGAACUUGAACUGGAUUCAGAUGCAGUUGAAUUAGAAGUUUCCUCUGUGGCUGUACAGUUGGAUGAGAACAACAAGACUGCAGUUCAAAGGGAUCCAGGAUUGGGAGAAUGUGAUACCAAUGGGAAUGUGGAGACAAUAGAAGAUUGUAUGGCGCAGGAAGAAUUUGCAUCUGAUGCUUUACCUGACCAAGGUUAUGUUGCUGGAAUCGAUUGUGCGACAGCUGAACAAGCAAAAGAAGACGGGGUUCAUCCUGAUAAGCCUCUUGAAGAUGAAACCAUUAACAAGCAUCGUGAAGAUGAGACAUCUAACAAAUCGAAGGGGAACUACAAUGCUUUAGCUGUUGAAGACAGGAAACCGAGAAUAAAACUGGGAAGACGCUGUGGUUUAUGUGGGGGUGGCACAGAUGGAAAACCUCCUAAAAUCCUUGUAGUGGAAGGUACUGGCAGUGAUAGUGAGGCUUAUAGUGGAUCUUCUGCUUCAGAAGAACCUAACUAUGAUGUAUGGGAUGGAUUUGGAGAUCAAUCUGGAUGGCUUGGGCGGCUUCUAGGUCCUAUCAAUGAUCGGUUUGGUAUAGCAGGAAUUUGGGUUCAUCAACAAUGUGCUGUAUGGAGUCCAGAGGUUUAUUUUGCAGGUUUGGGCCGCCUGAAAAAUGUCAAAGCUGCACUUUACCGAGGAAGGGUCCUGAAAUGCAGCCGCUGUAGGAGACCUGGAGCAACCAUAGGGUGCCGCGUUGAUCGAUGUCCAAAAACUUACCACCUACCAUGUGCGCGGGCUAAGAAUUGCAUCUUUGAUCACCGCAAAUUUCUUAUAGCAUGCACUGAUCAUCGGCGUCUAUUUCAACCAUGCGGGGUACAAUAUGCACAACGGUUGAAGAAAAUGAAGGCAAAAAAGUUGAAGUUGGAAUUAAGGAAGAUGGCCAAUGAUGCAAGCCGUAAGGAUAUUGAAGCCGAAGAAAAAUGGUUGGAGAAUUGUGGGGAAGAUGAGGAGUUUCUGAAACGUGAGGGAAAAAGGCUUCAACGGGAUUUGUGGAGAAUAGCACCUACAUACAUUGGAGGUGAAAACUCCGAGCGCCAGAGACAGUUCCAGGGCUGGGAAUCUGUUGCUGGGUUGCAAAAUGUCAUUCAGUGCAUGAAAGAGGUUGUCAUACUGCCACUCCUAUACCCUGAGUUUUUCAGUAAUAUAGGACUCACACCUCCUCGGGGAGUUCUGUUGCACGGGUUUCCUGGAACUGGUAAGACAUUGGUUGUGCGUGCACUAGUUGGUUCCUGUGCUCGUGGUGACAGGAGGAUAGCAUAUUUUGCACGCAAAGGUGCAGAUUGUCUUGGAAAAUAUGUCGGUGAUGCUGAGCGCCAGCUCAGACUUUUAUUUCAGGUUGCGGAAAAAUCUCAGCCCUCUAUAAUUUUCUUUGAUGAGAUAGAUGGUUUGGCCCCCUGCCGCACCAAGCAGCAAGAUCAAACACACAAUUCUGUUGUCUCCACUCUGCUCGCGUUGAUGGAUGGCCUUAAAUCUCGGGGUUCAGUUAUUGUAAUUGGAGCAACUAAUCGUCCGGACGCUGUUGAUCCGGCUCUAAGGAGGCCUGGAAGAUUUGAUCGGGAGAUUUAUUUUCCACUGCCUUCUGUUAAAGACAGAGAAGCAAUCCUCUCAUUGCACACUCAAAAGUGGCCCAAACCUGUAGCUGGGUCCUUAUUGAAGUGGAUGGCACAGAAAACUGUGGGUUUUGCUGGAGCCGACCUGCAGGCUCUUUGUACUCAAGCGGCUAUAGUUUCUCUUCGAAGGAACUUCCCUUUGCAAGAAGUCCUCUCAGCAGCUGAAAGUAGAGCUGCCGACAGUAACUGCCCUGCUAUUCCAGCUUUUUCUGUGGAGGAGAGAGACUGGUUGAAGGCUCUUUCAUGUGCACCUCCUCCGUGUUCCCGUAGAGAAAGUGGUAUUGCUCUGAAUGACGUGGUUUCAUCACCUCUUGAAAUUCAUCUUGUCCCCUGUCUUCUUGUUCCACUUGUGAGACUGCUGGUUUGUUUAUACCUGGAUGAGCGUGCCUGGUUGCCACCACCACUGAAGAAGGCUUGCAGAUUGGUGAAAGAAAUCAUUGUUUCUGCUUUAGGUAGAAGGAGUGUACAGAGUGACAGUUGGUGGUUGCACCUGGACGAUUUGCUUCAAGAAAUGGAUGUUACAAAUGAGAUUGAGAAGAGCAUGUUGCGUGCGAAUGUCCUGUUUGGAGAGCGUGACCUUUAUGCAUCUAAUUUGAUAGGGGAGAAUGCCUACGAGGGUUGUUCAGAUACUAUCCCUUCCAGAUCUGUGUGUACAAGUGUUCGCCCUGGGUUGCUGCAGAAUAUGUCUUAUGGACUCUGUGAUAGAUCAGGCUUUCAAGUGUUGAUUGGCGGAAGUCCAAGGUCUGGCCAGAGGCAUCUUGCCUCAUGUCUUCUUCAUUAUUAUGUUGGCAACAUUGAUGUAUGGAAAAUUGAUUUGGCUAGUAUCUCCCAUGAGGGGCAUGGAGACUUGAUUCAUGGGCUAACACAUAUAUUGAUGAGGUGUGCGAGUUCGAGUUUGUGCAUGUUAUAUAUGCCAAUGGUUGAUUUGUGGGCUGUUGAGGCACAUGAUGAAAUCUCUGAGGAUGUCUGUGAGACAACUUCUAUGAAACCUCAAUCUUCUGACUGUUACGGUGCAAUUGAGAAGGAAAAUGGGUUCUGUCCAAGUGCUGGUGCUGCUUGUUCAGAGGCACCACAAUCUCAACCUACUGCGAAGAAGGCCACAUAUAUCUGGACCUCUUUCAUUGAGCAAGUGGAGUCAAUGCGAGUCAAUACAUCUUUAAUAAUUCUGGCCACAUCAGAAAUACCACUCUCUUCGCUACCUAAUAGGAUAAGAGAGUUUUUUGGGCAUGAAACAUCGAAUUGCAGCCUCUCGACCCCACUAAAUCAUAAGGUGCCGCGAUUCUCAGUGCAGCUCGAUGGGAAAUUCGAUCAUGAUAGAGUGAUUAGAUCUUUUGCCUCUAAGUUGACUAAAGAUAUGGCUCAGCACUUUGUUCAGUCAAUUCGUGGUGGAAAUCAUAAUCCUGAGAAUUCAGAUAAAGCUGAUGACAUGGACCGUGUAGUCAAAGGUGAUGCUGACCAAUCGCACAAUAUGAACCCUAGCCGUGUCAGCCCGACCACCACUCAAGUUUCUUUGUCAAAUAAAAAGACUCCGAAAGGGAGGUCUAAUUUGCUUUUGGCAAUAUCCACAUUUGGCCACCAGAUUCUUUGUUAUCCUCAUUUUGCUGAACUCUGUUGGGUUACAUCCAAGUUGAAGGAAGGUCCUUCAGCCAACACAAGUGGGCCCUGGAAAGGUUGGCCCUUCAAUUCAUGUAUUGUCCAUCCCAUCGACUCGCCGGACAAAGCUGCUGCUGUUCCUUCUGGUUCAAGCAAUAUCAAGACCAAAGAGUUUGGUUUGGUCAGGGGACUUGUUGCAGUUGGGCUAUCAGCAUAUAGAGGAGAAUACACCUCUUUGAGAGUAGUCUGCUCUGAGGUUCGGAAAGUUCUGGAAGCUCUCGUGAGACGAAUUGAUGAUAAAAUUCAAGCUGGGAAAAAUAGAAGUCUGUUUGUUCGUAUUCUAUCACAAGUGGCUUAUCUUGAAGAUAUUGUUAUCGGUUGGGCGCAUGCAUUGCACAGUUUAGAGGAUGAUACUCGUGUUGAGGUAAAUUGUGAUAUAUGCUUGGGUCCAACUGAUAAUGAUAUCUGCAAGGAAGGUAAUUCUGAAGGUGAUUGCUGCAAGCUAGAAGUUCCGGAUGUGAAUGUACAUGAAGAAGUUUGUGGAAAAAAUCCCCAGGCAGUCUUUGCAGAAAAUUCUGAUUCGCCAACCGAUGUCAACAAGGGAUGUGCUGAUGCAGGUCAUGAAGUCAGAGUUACAGCAGACGAGCCUUCAGUCCCCCAUAAAGACACAUUGGCUUUGGACGAAGUUCAUGUAGAGUCUUCAAAUGCUACAGAUAAUCCAGCACUGGGCUCCGUCAAACUUUCUAAUGGUUUUAUUGAAUGUCGUGAGCAGCUCAAUAAUCCUCCACUGACUGAUAAUUGUGCCUCACCCAAAGAUUCGGGUGAAAAUACGACUUUUACACCUGACGCUAUUGCAAGUCGUCCUACUGCCGUGUGCUUCUACCAAUGCUGCCCUGAAUGUUUUGUCGACCUCUAUAAUUUAGUGGUGAGAAUUAUAAAUGCCGAGUGGGAGCUCAAGGGAUGUGACUCGGGCAUUGAGGAUGCUCAUGAUUUUGUGGCCUCUUUUUCUGCAAAUCUUCACCUGUCACUAAGUAAAUUUUUCGUAGGCGAAAAUUCUCGUGGUAUUAUGAAAAAAGACAGCGGUGAGUAUAGAAAUCGCUGCCAGUGUUUGAAAUUUCACAAAGACGUGUCUGAAUGUGAGGAUCACGAAAAUUUGUUGAUGAUGAACUGCAAUUGUCAUGUUACGAGUAAGAGCAAGGCUGCAAAGAAAAGAUUUCAGAUUUCUCAAGGGUUCGAUUCUAGGUUCGUUUUCAAGGAUGGUGUAUUGACUACUUUAGACACAGAUGAUGCAGGCACUGCUGAUGCUUAUUUUCAUUGUAAAUUUGAGAAGUUAUGCCUUUGUUUUCUCAUAGAGUGGUUGAGUAGAAGGAAGGAGUUUCUUGAUUGAUACCAUGUUUUUUAUGGCUUUAAGCAGUUGUACCCUCUGCAAAUUUUGAUGCACUUGCGGAGUACAAAAAAUUUGGAAUCUCACUGAUUCAAGCACCUCAGAUUUACUUAAAUUUUGUGAUCAGCCAUCUGAUUGUUUUAUUUUCUUUUGUUUUUAAGUUCUUGUUUAUCCAAGUUUGGUUAGUUUUGGUUUUGAAGUACUUGGC